AUGGCCCCAUUGGGUCUGCUUACCGCCGUCGUAUCGGCAAUUCGGGUAUGCGGCACUCCAUCCAUGCGCGCAUUCAUAGGCAGGGCCCAAGAAAGUCCCGGUACAGCCGAAGUAGAGCUGUUAUCAUGCACUUCAGAGACUACAGCGGAGCUAUUCAACGAGGGUGGUAUAGCCCGUGUUUUCGGAGAACCUCGAAUCCUCGAGGUCAUGGUAAAGGCUAGGGAUGAUAGCCCGGGAGCGUUAACGGUUGGAUUGUUUUCGGACGUCCGUGGACCGUUUUGGAAAGAAAUCGGAAUUUCUAGUAGAGAUCUGCUUUUGCGGUUAAGAGACGGGGUUGGACAUACGGAUCUUGAAAAGAAGCUGAAGUCAAGAUAUCAUCGGCCGAAUCUUUCUCUCAAUGUGGGGAUCACGCAGUUGCCAAAAUUGGUAACGUAUAGUGCUGCCGUUGUUGGUGUGGUUUUACAAGCUGGGAUGCUAGUAUUUGCAGCGCUCACAGUGUAUACCUACCCCGACAAGUUCCUAACUGCUGCGGAAAAACCAGCAGAACCAUAUGCUUUCCCCAUGACACUCUCCGGUACGGUUCUAGUCUGCUUCGGCAUGUUUCUCUGCGCAUUUAUUAUCGAACGCAGCACCGACGAGGUCCACUACAAGCAGCGUGACCCCGACCCUAAAAACAAGUGCAAGAUAUACUGGGUCCAACCCGGUGGCCAGAACAUUGGAGACCAAGUCUUCGGAUCUUUCAUCGGGUACUCCGAGAAGUUACAUUAUAUCCGAUCCACAAAAGCCGAUCAAGGAGGCGGAGAUGUCAUUAUGCUAUGGAUUGCGGUUAUUACUUCCGUGCUUGGGUUCAUACUCCAAUUCGUGGGACUGAGAGCUCUACACGCCAGUGUGAUAUUGUUCCAAGUCGGCUCUACUAUAUUGAUGGCGAUCAUACGAGCGAUGUUGCGAACCCAACGGCUAGAUAGCAUAAAAAAUGUCUUGGGCUCUUAUGAUAGUCGAAAUGGAGGAAAACACCCGUUUUCGCAAAACCCAAGGCUUCUACAUGGUCAUGAGUUGGACCUACUUGCUUUGCAUUUGUUCAAAGCCGAUACUAUGACUAUUAGUGUCGACAAAGGUGCCCAAUUGGAAUUUGUCCCAAGACCGAUGCGAAAGUCAUCGGGCGUGCGGAGCAAUAGCUUGGAACUAAAUUUCGAUAUCGGUCGAGGCUCACCAGAGAAUGUCACACAAGCUUUAGAAGCUCGUGAACAACUGACAGACAUGACUAGUUGCGUCAAAGGCCCUACAUGGGAUGAUUUAGAGGUCAGAGUCGCUGCUAAGCAGCUCGCAGCGACUGUAGAAGGUGUGAUGGAAGUUCUAGCUACACUUAAGGGGUCUACCGCUUCACCUGGUGAGAUUCUCAAGUGGAAAGUCGCUGUGAAUACUACUAUGAUUUCGAGCCUAAGCCGACCGACAAUUCUUUCAAAUCCGCCUGAAGGGGCACCGGUUAGAGCUAGUACUCGACAGGUUAGCGAGAUCUUCCCGCUCUCCAGUUUGUCAUCAAGGCGCCAUGCCCAAGAAAUCCCCGGAGGUGUCCCAAUAUCUGACACAUUCGCCUUAUUCAUUGAGAAAGGCGACGGUCUGUCGUGGAAAGCCAGACUAUCACAGUUAGAGGCUCUAAUCGGACUCUGGGCUCUAUCAAUAACCGUAUACGAUAUACGAGACGAAAAGGAAGACGAGAUCAUUCCUAACCAUCGAAUAAUUUCUACCAGGGACUUUGCCAAAACAAAUACUUGGUAUCACGUCUGGGUUCAAAGAAGGCUGUCAGGAACAUGUGGACCGAUUCGCCGAGACUUAAUCCACAAAAACCGCAAUUACACCGUCGAUAAACACCUUUUUGGAAGGUUAAGCCCAUUCCCAGCCGAUGAGGUAGAACCCGAGGUUUUCGCCGUUAAAACGCAAAACUCUACUAUCACAAUGUGUGCUCAGGAUGUUUUCAUGUUCUUCUUAUCGGCCGCUCUGCAAGACAUCGACGACAUUCAGGGGACCACUGAAACCCGAGACCAGGCGGGAAGACACUCCAUUGCCAUGGCCCUUCAAAAUAGUACUGUCGAGUCACUAGCAGAUCGAUUUGAAACAAGUGGUCUGGGAUCUAGAGAAGAUGCCUAUAUGUGCAUCUUCCCAGUUCUCCAGCACCUCAACAUGAUGCCGAACGUAGGCGAUGUACUCAACGCCGUCCUCACACAAUGUGAGACCUACAAACGCCAUGGCAAGUGGCUAGAUGCAGAGGGUCUUUUGCAAUGGCUAUCAAAUACUUCGGUUGUAGCCGGGGCCCAUACUGCCCUUGAAGCACUUGCAGAGUUGUACUAUGCUGCAAUGCGAGAACUUGAUACAACGAUAUCCAACCUAGGUUUUAGCGGGAUAUCUAAAAUGUUGAAGGAAAACAAGGACCCAGAUGUUUUACCAAAGGUUCGGGAAUAUGCCUGGAUUGGGCUCCGGAUCGCAGAAGAAAGAGGUCUCGACGACCAAAAGAAACAGUUAUUGGCAAGUGGAGCAAGGGACGAUCUAGUCCCUGGGUAUAGCUAUACACCUGAAGUCAGCUUGAAUCCAAUCGAUUGGGCAAAGCGGAACAACAUCGUCAUGAUGAAAUACCUUACCGGCCGGAAAAAUGUUAACCUAAAUGCUCGCGACGAUCUGGACGGUCUUUCUGCGAUAUUCUGGGCCAUAAUCCACGAAAAUACAGAAAUGGCAAUGCUACUUCUCCAACAUGGCGUCGAAACUAACAUAUCAGAUAAGGACGGCAAAAUUUUGUUAUCGUACGCAGCUGAACAUGGGCUACUGGGUGUUUUGGAAAUCUUGCUGAAGAACAAUACCCUAAACAUUAACACACCAGACAACUUGACGAAUAUGGCACCAUUGAUGUUUGCAGCAAAGCAAGGGUUUAUCGAAUGCGUUCGACUCUUGCUAAAUGAACCUUAUGUUGCCAUCGACCGUCGGGACCAGAAUGGGUAUACGGCACUACACCUUGCAACCAUGGAGGGCCAUUUCGAGAUUGUACAGUUGCUGUUAUCCCAUGGCGCCGAUAUAUCCGCCGAAGAACCGUCCAAGAAAUUGACCACGCUUCACAUGUCCGCAAACCGUGGAGACGAGAGGAUUGUGCAAUACUUUCUCGAUAAGGGAGUAGAUACCGAACAACAGGACUCAACCGGUCGAACUCCAUUAGACCUAGCUGCUGGAUCUGGCCAUGUGGGUGUGGUUACUAUCCUUUUAACGAAGGGUGCACAAGUCUUCGUAACUCCUUGGACACUCCGUGACCGCCUACACGGACGAACAGCAGUACGUCCAGCAGCGAAACAUGGGCAUUUACAGGUCUUGAAACUUCUUUUUGAACAUAAAGGCAACGAAUCUUCAACCGAGAAAUCUGAAGGGUGGGAUGAUAACAAAGGGAUAUGCCUUUACGAAGGCAUAAUCGGUCGACAUGAAGGAGUUGUCAAUUAUAUAAUAGAUCCAACCGCAGAAGAGCGUCUGGAGCAGAUAUACGCAAAGAGUACGGUCGCGCAAGUAGCGAUCAGAACGGGAAAUUUAAGCAUGGUGCAACUAAUACUGAAGAAACGGACGACCAUUGAUGGUACCAAGAAGACUUGGGAACUUCACUCCGCGCUAGGAAAAGGGAAUCUGGACAUCUUGAAGUUGGUCCUAAAUAGUGGUGCCGACAUAAACGCAAGGAGUGAGAAGGGAGAGGCCACCCUUCAUAUUGCGACGAAGAGGGGGGAUAACCAUAUCGUCGAAUAUUUGUUGAAGCAUGGGGCGGUUGUCGGUGUAGUCGCUUUGAACGGUCACACAGCCCUCCAUGAAGCGGCAAUUCACAAUCGAUUUGAGAUUGCUCGGAUGCUAUUAGAUCGUGGGGCAGACAUCCACGCGCUGGAUACUUUAGGGAAAACGCCGCUCUAUUGUGCAGCAGAAUAUGGGAGAUCGGAAGUCUUGAAAGUUUUGGUCGAGGCCGGCGCAGAUGGAGAUGCAAUCAUUGCAUCUGGAGAGACAGCACUCUAUGUAGCAUCGUCUAAAGGCUACGAGAGUAUCGUUCAGACACUACUGCAACAUGGCGGACGAGCUAGUGUUAAUAAAUACGAAACUAGAAGUCUGCGAACGCCAUUAAUCGCAGCUGUGGAUAAUAUUUCAUCAUUAGAUGGCAUCGUCAAGCUGCUCUUUGAUGCCGGAGCUUCUCCCAAUUCCAAAGAUGCGAAUGGCGAAACAGCGAUAUUCAAGGCUACCAGAAGGGGCCACUACGAUAUCAUAUUACUGUUAUUAAAAGCAGGGACUGAUCUUGGUAGCCUCGACCACACUGGGAAAAGCGUAUUAUUUUGUGCGGUGGAAAUGGGGCAGUACGCCAUUGCGAAGCAAUUAAUUGAUGCGGGAGCUUCCGUUAACGCGAAAGAUAAUAUGGGACAGACGCCCCUGUUUUUCUGUCUAAAGGGUGAAGAGAAGUUUUAUAAGAUGGCCGAGUUAUUGUUAGAGAAUGGAGCCAUUGUUGAUGGACAGGACGGGCUUGGGCGAACGGUGCUUCGUCUUGCCAUAGCAGGUGGCCUUUGGGAUCUCGAGAAAUUGCUGCGACGUGAACUUGGAAUACAAGAACGGAACACUAGCGCUUCCUAG